AUGGAGAUGAAGAAGAUCGCCUGCGCCGUCCUCGUCGCCGCCUCGGCCACCGUGGCGCUCGCCGCGGAGGCUCCGGCUCCGGCCCCCACCAGCGGCUCCUCCGCCGUCGCACCCGCCGUCGGCGCCGCACUCGGGGCCGCCGUGGCCUCCUUCUUCGCCUACUACAUCCACUCGCAGAGUCGCAGUUGCGAAGUAAAAACAUGCAACAUGAUGGUUGUCUCCAGAAUUACUGUACAAUUAGUAAAUGUUAGGCAGAGGACCCAAAUGGCCCCGGCAGGCCCAGCUCCUUGGAGUUAA